AUGUUAAUCAAGGCCUUUGCCCUCCUGGCAUGUGCCAGCUGCGCGCUCGCCCAUGGCGACCACGACCACGAUCAAGCUCCCAUUGAAGGACCGCACAAGUCGCUUUGGUACAACACCCUGCCAGGUGAUGGUGGCACACAGGCGGACUCUGUCUUCUCUGGCAUCUCGACCUUCGGCCGCCUCCCCUAUUUCCCCUGCCUGACCAGCGACGAGGAGAAAUAUGACAUUGCAUUUCUUGACGUCCAACAAAAAAGGUACGACAAUCACUACGCGCUCCAGCAGAUCGAGGACGGACACAACACGCUGCUCAUGCGCACGCCGUACACGGCGGCGCAGGAACCGGGCAUCUCCAAGGCGGGCAAGACGCUGCCACGGAUCAUCACGCUCGGGGGCGACCACACGAUCACGCUGCCGCUGCUGCGGUCGAUCAACAAGGCGUACGGCCCGAUCAGCGUGAUCCACUUCGACUCGCACCUCGACACGUGGAAGCCCAAGGUGUUUGGCGGGGCGCCGUCCAAGCAGGCGGCCAUCAACCACGGGACGUACUUUUACUGGGCGUCCGAGGAAGGUCUGUUGGCCAACGACAGCUCGAUCCACGCGGGGAUCCGCACGACGCUGUCCGGCCCCUCCGACUACGAGAACGACGGGUACUGCGGGUUCACGCGGGUCGAGGCGCGCGAGAUCGACACCAUCGGCGUCGAGGGCAUCGUGCGCCGCAUCCGCGACCGCGUCGGCACCGUCGACCCCGUCUACCUCUCCAUCGACAUCGACACCCUCGACCCGGCCUUCGCCCCCGCCACCGGCACCCCCGAGACCGGCGGCUGGAGCACCCGCGAGCUGCGCACCAUCCUGCGCGGCCUCGAGGGCCUCAACUUCGUCGCCGCGGACAUCGUCGAGGUCGCCCCGGCCUACGACACGAACGCGGAGCUGACCACCAUGGCCGCCGCGGACGUCCUCUACGAGGUCAUGACCAUCAUGGUCAAGAACGGGCCCUUGACUAAGAAGGCCGCCCAGGGCGACGGCAAGUCCGACGACUUCGCACUACCCGAGCACGCCGAGGAAUUGAAGUAA